UCCUGUAUGAGGUGGAAGUUUUUCCUCUUUCCACGUCCAGUAAUCUGACACCCAAAAAGACUCGCAGCAGAAGGAUGGACCCUUAACUCGGCUGGAAGGACGGAAGGAAGGAGCACUCACCCAACGAGCGCAAACGAGAGGGACCGAGCAGAAGCCGAAACCGCUGUGCGCAAAAAACAACCCCGUGGCUGCGGCAGCGGAGGAGAGGCUGGGUGCCUGCGCGUCUCCAAAAUAACUGGCCGUCCGCUUCUAAAUGCUCCCGAAGCGACAAGUUUCACUUUCCACAGGCGGAUGGGUGACUUUCCACGGCGCUUUGUGAGGAGGAGAUGAUGAAGAAUUUCAGCGGCAGUCCCCUUCACAGCAACAACCAGACUCCCAACCACGUUAGAGAGCGAAACAACAGAAAGUACAGCUUACUCUCUGUUAUACCGCUGCGAUUCUCCCUGCGAGGUUAUGGUUUCUGCAUGGCUACGCUGUUCCUCUUCUGUUUCGGCUCCCUUUUUUACCAGCUGAACGGAGGACCCCCUAAAAUCCUGCUGGACAUCCGACAGUAUCUCGGGGUGUGUGGGAAAAAUCACUGGUCAGUCAAAAUGGCCACCGGCAGCCUCUUUAUCCAUAAGGACAGGCUGGCAAGACAGCUGGUGUCGUGCCCACAUGUCCACAAGCUGAGACGAGGUGAAUCCACAUAUCUGGAUGACCACGGACCCCCUGCACCAAGAGUGCUCCCGUUCCCCAGCCAGGUGGUUUAUAACCGUGUGGGGAAGUGCGGCAGCCGAACGGUGGUCAUCUUACUAAGAUUACUGGCUGAGAAACACCAGUUUAACCUGGUCUCCUCUGACAUCCACAAUAAAACACGCCUCACGAAACAUGAGCAGGUGGAUCUCAUGAAGAAUAUCAGUAAUAUCCCCCAGCCAUUCCUCUACACACGGCAUGUUCACUUCCUCAACUUUACCAGGUUCAGGAUAGAGCAGCCGGUCUAUAUCAACAUAAUCCGGGACCCCAUCAACCGGUUCCUCUCCAACUACUUCUUCCGUCGCUUCGGUGACUGGAGGGGCGAGCAGAACCACCUCAUCCGUACUCCAGGGAUGAAAGAUGAUGAGAGAUACCUGGAUAUCAAUGUGUGCAUUCUAGAGAAUUACCCAGAGUGCUCCAACCCCAGAGUUUUCUACAUCAUCCCCUACUUCUGUGGACAGCACCCUCAAUGCAGGGAGCCAGGAGUAUGGGCUUUGGAAAGGGCCAAACAGAAUGUGUUGGAGAACUACCUCCUCGUGGGUAUCCUGGAGGAGCUGGAGGACGUUCUGCUCCUGUUGGAGAGGCUCUUACCUCAUUACUUUACUGGAGUGCUUAACAUCUACAAGAGCCCUGACUAUAAGAAGAUGGGGAACAUGACAGGCACAGUGCGUAAACACACACCCACCCUGGAGGCCCUGCAAGUGCUCUACCACCGCAUGCGCUACGAGUACGAGUUCUACAACUUCAUCCGAGACCAGUUCCACCUCAUGAAGAAAAAAAUUGGCCUCAAGUCCGUCUCCCAGCCCCCCGCCCACUCACCCGCUUUCCUUCGAGAGCUGGCCCUCCGAACCCCAGAGCCUCUGGACGAAGACGAAGAGCUGGACACAGACCUGGAGGAUGCCAACAGCUGGCUGGUCCAUCCUUAAAAGGCUGUUUGACGAACAGUGGGCGUAGCCAAGAAAAAAGCUGAUUGGCUGGAGAUAGCUGGAGGCAGCCUGAGGGCAGAAGGGGAGCGUUGUUCCUCCAUCUUUCAGCAUUCCUAAGAAAAGUGAGGUGCGUUUUAGGGGUGUGUGGAUCCUGACGCUCGUGUUUUCUACGGGCUCUGCUUUCCAUCUGCGAUAGACUCCUAUCAUGACGUGCUCAGCACUGAGGACUGUCGGGUUGAGUAAUUUGAAGGACAAAAUGCUCUAUUUAAAAAAAAAAUAUUGACCAAGAACAGUGGGAAAUAACGUUAAGCUUAAUGUGCUUGACUCAAGUUUUGUUUUAAUUUGAGCUUGUUUUUGGGUUCAUUUAUGUAAAAACAAAAAAAGAAACGUCAUUGCUGUAAUCUCCAGGAGAGAUUAGCGCAAGGUGUGGAUAGCUAAACAUGUUGGGAAAUAUUCUUAAUGUUGGUCGCUGGGGUGUUUACUGUCAGAGGACUCCAGAGACAUAGCCCAAGAAAGAGAUUUAUGAAAGGGUUACUGUCCUAAAAGCUGGAAUGGGAAAUGGUAUUCACAAAUAAAGAAAAGUACCAAAACCCUUUUUUGUAUAUUAGUUGUCUAGGACUGUUGUAAGUGCCAAACCACGCUGAGAGAUCCAGUAAACCUCCGUGCACGGCUGGUGGAGUUGUGACCGCAAGCGAGUCAGUUGUUAUACUGUACUAUUGGUUUAUAACCUUUUGUUUAUUAGGUAUAAAUGAGGGUUAGAUGGCAGGCACUCAAUUAUGAAUUCAGAGAAUUCCGACAGUGUGUGUGUGAAUGAUUGAGUUUGACCAAACCAGCAGUGUAUUUUAGCAUAGAUUUAUUAUUUUGGGACAGGGACAGGUCAUUUUGUUGUGAGUCAAACACUAAAAAACAUUUAGUUUCUUUAAUCCAAAGUUUAAAAGGUUGAGCUUGCCAAAUACCAGUGUUUCUACUGCGAUGCAUUACAAAACUGUACGAAUAUACUGCACUUUUUCUGAGGUGACUUUUCCUGAAAUUCUGCAGCAAAAUGAGGGAUUCGGUCACAAAACUGGAUACUAAUGCUCCUUUCAUUUCAAACAGGAUUGUGUUACUGUUCAAGGGUUCGUUUUCCCCUCUCAAAAUAUUACCAUGAAAGCGUGUGAAGUGUUACCGACCCCUGCUAACACUAACUUCUAAUUGACCUAUGGCUAAGCCACGCCCCCAUCCACUCACUCGGACAAACUAUCGGGUCCAUGUCAUUGGUCCG